UAAGGCCCCAAUUCAUCUCCCUCUCUUUCUCUCUCUAUCCUAUCUCUCUGCGUCGAAGCGUGCUCGCUGAAUUCGUUGAAAUUUCCGAAUCAACACAUAAUAACCGAUCAAACGUGCCCUCGAAGUUGAUUUUCUGGGAGUGCUGUUAUUGGAGAAGAAUGGCGACUUUCGAGCUCUACAGGAGAUCGACUAUUGGAAUGUGCUUGACAGAGACGCUGGAUCAGAUGGUGUCUGGUGGAAUUCUCAGCCCCGAACUCGCCAUUCAAGUUCUCAUUCAAUUCGACAAGUCAAUGACCGAAGCUCUGGAAAGUGAGGUGAAGAGCAAGGUUUCUGUUAAGGGGCAUCUUCACACCUACAGAUUCUGUGACAAUGUGUGGACCUUCAUCUUACAAAAUGCUCAGCUCAAGUGUGAGGACGGCCAGGAAACUGUUGAUUCAGUCAAGAUUGUCGCGUGUGACUCAAAGUUACUUACUCAGUGAUAACAUGAACAACGAAGUUCUGAACUUUGGCUUUUAUGUGUAUCUGCUAUCACCGUGGAAAAUAUAUGGAGCAAAAGAGGAGAUAGUGAGAAAUCUCAAUUUACAUCAAUCAGUUUGUGUUUACUGGUAAUACUGGGGAGAAGAUUGUAUAAUUUCUACAUGAGCAAUUCAAUCAUAUAAUACUUUCGUGGCUCAUGCCUUCCGACUCUGUUGAACAGAUACCUUCAUCUUCUUC